GGGGGACGUCGGCGGCGCGCGACGUAGUUCGCAGGAUAAAUGCGGUGGCGCCGGGCGUAGGAGCGAUUAGGCUGGGGUGCUUGGGUGUUCAGACGCUUGGCGGGGUCGUGGCCCGCGCCUGAACCUGCCCUGUUUCGCGCUGUGCCAUGGCGGACGAGGGGAAGUCCUACAACGAGCACGAUGACCGUGUUAGUUUCCCUCAAAGAAGAAAGAAGGGCCGGGGUCCCUUCCGGUGGAAAUAUGGUGAGGGGAACCGUAGGUCUGGAAGAGGAGGUUCUGGCAUUCGGUCUUCCCGCCUGGAGGAAGAUGACAGAGAUGUAGCGAUGAGUGAUGCCCAGGAGGUUCCCCGAGUACGAUACAACCCCUAUGCUGCCCGACCCAACCGUCGAGGUGACAGUUGGCAUGAUCGAGACCGCAUUCAUGUUACCGUGCGGAGAGACAGAGCUCUUCCAGAGAGAGGAGGGGCUGGCACCAGCCAGGACGGGACCUCGAAGAACUGGUUUAAGAUUACAAUUCCUUAUGGCAGAAAAUAUGACAAGUCAUGGCUCCUGAGUGUGAUUCAGAGCAAGUGCAGUGUCCCUUUCACCCCCAUCGAGUUUCACUAUGAAAACACACGGGCCCAGUUUUUUGUUGAGGAUGCCAGUACCGCCUCUGCGCUGAAGGCCGUCAACUAUAAGAUUUUGGAUCAGGAGAACCGAAGGAUCUCUAUCAUCAUCAAUUCUUCUGUCCCACCCCAUUCUGUACAGAACGAGCUGAAGCCGGAACAAGUAGAGCAGCUAAAGCUGAUCAUGAGCAAACGAUAUGAUGGCUCCCAACAAGCGCUUGACCUGAAGGGCCUCCGUUCAGACCCAGACUUGGUGGCCCAGAACAUUGAUGUUGUCCUGAAUCGCAGGAGCUGCAUGGCGGCCACCCUGCGGAUCAUCGAGGAGAACAUCCCCGAGCUGUUGUCCUUGAACUUGAGCAACAACAGGCUGUACAGGCUGGAUGACAUGUCCAGCCUGGUGCAGAAAGCACCCAACCUGAAGAUCCUCAACCUCUCCGGAAACGAGUUGAAGUCCGAGAGGGAGUUGGACAAGGUAAAAGGGCUGAAGCUGGAAGAGCUGUGGCUCGACGGAAACCCGCUGUGUGACACCUUCCGAGACCAGUCCACCUACAUCAGCGCCAUUCGCGAACGAUUUCCCAAAUUAUUACGCCUGGAUGGCCAUGAGUUACCCCCUCCGAUUGCCUUUGACGUUGAAGCCCCCACGACGUUACCGCCCUGCAAGGGAAGCUAUUUUGGAACAGAGACCCUGAAGAACCUGGUCCUGCAUUUCUUGCAGCAGUACUAUGCGGUGUAUGACUCUGGAGACCGGCAGCGGCUCCUGGACGCCUACCAUGACGGGGCGUGCUGCUCCCUCAGCAUUCCUUUUACCCCCCAGAACCCUUCCCGAAGCAACCUGGCCGAGUACUUCAAGGACAGCAGGAAUGUGAAGAAGCUCAAAGACCCAGUAACCCUGCGGUUCCGCCUGCUGAAGCACACGCGUCUCAACGUUGUUGCCUUCCUCAAUGAGUUGCCCAAAACUCAGCACGACGUCAACUCCUUUGUGGUAGACAUAAGCGCCAGACAGGAAGGAAGGGGCGGUCACGAGAGCACAUUGCUGUGUUUUUUCCGUCAAUGGGGUCUUCAGGAAGUGGAUGGAAAAUCUCGGGAUUCUUUACGAGCCUUCACCAGGACAUUUGUCGCUGUUCCUGCCAGCAAUUCAGGGCUGUGCAUCGUAAAUGACGAGCUGUUUGUGCGCAAUGCCAGCCCUGAUGAGAUCCAGAGAGCCUUCGCCAUGCCUGCACCCACACCUUCCUCCAGCCCAGUGCCCACCCUCUCCCCAGAGCAGCAGGAGAUGCUGCAGGCAUUCUACCAGUCUGGCAUGAACCUUGAGUGGUCCCAGAAGUGCCUCCAGGACAACAACUGGGACUACACCAGAUCUGCCCAGGCCUUUACUCAUCUGAAGGCCAAGGGCGAGAUCCCAGAAGUGGCGUUCAUGAAGUGAUCCGUAGUCAUGCCCCAGAAGAAAGCACCCUGUAAAAUAGCCCUUGGAUAUUGACGUCUCCUUGUCAUGGCUGUCGUUUUUCUCCUCUCUGGCCCGGACCGACCGAGGCCACCCUGUGACUGUGACCGUGACCGACGAGAAUGGGCUGCCGGAUCCCUCUCCUCACCUGCCUUCUGGGAGACUUCUGGAAGACUUCCGGAAGAUUGAGCCUCACUGGUGCCAGGAAGCCAAAGCUUACUUUGUAGAACUGACACUAAACUACCGAAGGACCUAGGUGCUUUGUGUACUUAACCCCAGAACCCUCCUUACUUUUUAAGAUAAAGAGUGAUAUUGUA